CGCUCUGGACCUAAUCAACGACGUCGUUUCUGAAGCCUCUUCCUCUCCUCUUUCCGCGUUUAGGCCUUCUGAAUCACACUGCAUCUCUUCUUCUCUUGUUUCCUUCGCUCGCUGGCAGUCUCAUGCUUCUUCUCCGUUCCCACCAUCGCCAUUGCUGUUCCACUUGAUUGACUCGGACGAUUCGAUAUAAGCUUUUUGUCACCGCAUCGAUGGCGCGGCGGUCGGGAGACUGCGUGAGAUGCUGUCUGGUGAUCUUCGCGGUGGUUUCGGCCUUAGCCGUGUGUGGUCCUGCUCUUUAUUGGAAAUUCAACAAGGGUUUCUCUGGAUCCGCCCGUAGAAACUCCGUUUGUCCUCCUUGUGUCUGUGACUGUCCUCCUCCGUUGUCUCUCCUCCAGAUUGCUCCCGGGCUUGCAAACCUCUCUAUUUCAGAUUGCGGAGGAGAUGAUGGGGAUCUGAAGGAGGAGACGGAGAAGCAGUUUGUGGAUCUGCUGACGGAAGAGCUGAAGCUGCAGGAGGCGGUGGCGGAAGAGCAUACCCGCCAUAUGAACGUAACAGUGGCGGAGGCGAGGAGGGUGGCUUCUCAGUACCAAAAGGAGGCGGAGAAGUGCAACGCCGCAACCGAAACGUGCGAGACGGCGAGGGAGAGGGCGGAGCUGUUGCUGAGAAAAGAGAAGAAGAUCACUUCGAUGUGGGAGCAGAGAGCUCUCCAACUGGGUUGGGAAGGUGAGUAAGUAGUGUGAUUUGGCAUAUGCUUAGUUCACAGACACUCACACUUCUUCUUCUUUGUCUGUCUGUCUCUGUCAUGAAGAAG